GAUGAUACAUUACCUGUAAGCGACGCUUCCUCGGACACCUUCAGAAAGGAGCAGUGGCCCAAGGUGUUCAUCAUCCCUACUUUCUCACUUUCCACAGAAUCUCAACUUAAGGCUGGAAAUGCAGAGUAUCAGAGCAACCAGAUCCUAUCCUAGUGAUGCAGACUUGAGUGAAGUGGCACAGGCGCUCACACAGACACACCCCUGUCUGAAAGAACCAGGGUCCUUCAACCACAGUUACGGAUGGAAACAGAGGCUCAAGACGAAGAUGUAUAACUAUCGCACAUACCUAAAAUCACACAGUUCAUCAUCUGACGAGCUGACUGUGAAUUCUGUCAAAAGAAAAUCCCCCACCGACGCCCACCCAGCAAAGAACAUAAAAAAACCCAGGAGAGCCGAGUCUAACCAUUACCCAUCUCUACCUCAUGGCGAGACCCCUGAGUCCAUGGAACAAGAGAGAAUAGCCCUUUUGACUGAAGUAAAGAAAAGGAACAAUGGCAAAACAAUAAGAGCGAAGAUGGCUCAGACGUUCGCAUUUCGGAGGCAAGAAAUUGUCAACAAGAAAGCAUCUUUGGAGGAUAUUAUUGAGAGAUGGCCAGCACUCUUCGAAGUCCAAGAGAUAAAUGCAGAGUUCCACAGAGUAACCACAAUACCCCUUGAAGCAAGGUUCAUGGAGAAACUUGACGAGAAGUGCAUCGAACUGAUUCAGGUUGUCAGAAAGAAGGGUGGAGCAACUCGGGAGAAGACAAAGCUCCUGCCAGUUGUAGAAAAGGAUACUGAUAUCGGUACAAGGAGGGAGAUCGCUCUCAAAUGUCUCAUCAUCAACAUGAUAGAAUCAAUGGAUGAUCUGGUCCAAGAAUUCCUGGUGUCGGAGAAGGAAGAGGCUGAACACAUUCUUCAGGGGGCAACCAUGGCAAUCUACAUCAUCAGAGAUGCACAGGCUGCACCCAAAGACAUUGGCAUUAUACUUGAGGGACAAGAGGUUGUGAAGGAGUUGCCGUCUGUCGCAAAUGCUGUCGCCAUUCUCAUGGGACUCCUUUAUGUUCUCAAUAUGGAAUAUCCAAAGACAUUGAAACAGACAUUUGAAUAUAUCCAGAAAGUCCUCAUGGAGCUGGACCCGAAAGGCAUGACCACCAAGGUCAAGAAGCUCUAUGACCAGCUAUACAGUACAGCUUAG